GUGACGUCGUCAAAGCGCCUAGAUCUUAACCAUGGCUCACACGGCCGCAGAAUGGCCGCCAGAGGAAACCCUGUCGCUCUGGAAAGGGGAACAAGCCCGGCUGAAGGCGCGCGUGGUGCAGCGUGACACGGAGGCCUGGCAGCGGGACCCCAGCUUCUCGGGCCUGCAGAAGGUCGGGGGAGUGGACGUGUCCUUCGUGAAAGGGGACAAUGUCCGGGCCUGCGCUUCCCUGGUAGUGCUGAGCUACCCCGAGCUCAAGGAGCCACAGUCUCAAGGCAGUCGUGUUCCUCUGGCUCUUACAGUCUUACCACCAGCUGGUUUCAGCGAUCCCCACGCCUUAGGGGCAGGAGCUGUGUUGCAGGUGGUGUAUGAGGACAGCCGCAUGGUUGGCCUGAAGGCCCCCUAUGUGUCAGGCUUCCUGGCCUUCCGAGAGGUGCCUUUCCUAGUGGAGUUGGUACAGCAGCUGCAAGAGAAGGAGCCAGACAUCAUGCCCCAGGUCCUUCUUGUGGAUGGAAACGGGGUGCUUCACCAACGAGGUGCCCUGACAGAAGGCCCAGGCCAUCGGGGACAGCAGCAGAUGGAGAGGGUGAAGAGUCAAGAGCACCUGUGCGCUGUAGUUCAGCUGCGCUGUCAGAAGAAGGAGGCUCCCACAGCCCUCCUGAACACUGGUGCUGUCACUCAAUUCAGCCCAAGAGUUGGUGUGUAUAGAUGGAUGAGAGAUCGUGGUGGCUCCCCAUCCCACCCCCACCACCCUACUCUCUCCCUUCGCUCCCCUGAAGGCUUCGGGGUGGCCUGCCACCUUGGCGUCCUUACAGAGCUGCCCUGCAUCGGGGUGGCCAAGAAGCUCCUGCAUGUGGAUGGGCUGGAGAAAAAUGCCCUGCACAAGCAGAAGAUUGUGCUCCUGCAGGCUGGGGGAGACACAUUUCCUCUGAUAGGCAACUCUGGGACUGUCCUGGGAAUGGCCCUGAAGAGCCAUGACCACAGCACCAAGCCCCUCUAUGUCUCUGUGGGCCACAGAAUAAGUUUGGAGGUUGCUGUGCGCCUCACCCACCACUGCUGUAGGUUCCGGAUCCCAGAACCUAUACGCCAGGCUGAUAUCCGCUCUCGGGAGUACAUCCGGAGGACUCUAGGACACCCUGGGGGGUCUCCUGCACAGAGAAAGGACAGGAGCCAGAAGGAGCAGAGACCAAAUACAUGUCCCCACGGAGGCCCAGGAGCACCUGCAGAUCCAGGCAGGCCUCCUGAAGGCUCCAGCACAGACCCGAAAAACCCUGAGCCAGGAGUCUGGGAGAAGGAGGACCAGCAGUCAGAAGGACCUGGGCGUCAGGAAGACUCAGCUCUCUGGCCUCCUUCUCCAGCCUGGGUACAGUCACCACCCUGAGAAGAUGGUCUCCAGGAGCAGUGGGGACCUUACCCACAGCUACAGGUAGAGCACCACGCCCCAGAAGCAACAGUGGUUGAAACUCCAGGAGGAUGCAGUGGGCUUAGUCCAGCCUUGGCCAGUGUCUGCCGGCCUCCUCUGUCACUGGCUAGUCAGUGUGGUCACCAUGCCACAGGAGGACCACGCUCCAGAGCAGGAAGCACCCAGAGUACAUGAAGGACUUCAGGUCUCAGGUGCCCAGAGGCCCCGCAGUCGGCAGCCUGUGCCAUCACCUGCAGCUCCGCCCUUCCCCUCUGCCAAAUACAGACCUGGCUUCA